AUGAGUCAACUUAAAGAAGAUGAACCAACAAAUAAUGGGAAGAAGAGUGAAUUACUUCCUUUCAACUGCAAGGUGUCAGAACUGUUACUGGCCCACAAAUGCCUAAAAUGGGGACAAGAGACACAUCUUUAUGGGGUGGAUGUUUUGGAGUCCCAUGCAUCCCUUUUCCAUGCUAUCCGGUCAACUUUAAAAGCUUGGAAGAAGACUGCAAGACAUGAGAAGGCGAAACGCUUGGAGGUCAAGAAAUCCAGUGGCAUUUCCUUAGCAAGCCUUCGGGUAGAAGAUUUUGUAACUGAACAUUUCGAUUUUCUGAAAGACAGAAGAGAAGACAAAGACACCCGCAAGAAAUCGCGUUCUAAAUCCAUCUGCAAACCUGUACAUCCCAGAUAUCCGCUUAUAUCAAAAAGCAAAAAGCAAUGGAAAGCUGAUCUUGAAGAGUUGACACCAACACGCUUGCUUCCUUACUUUAUUUUAAUUAGGAAUUGUUAUCCAUUGCCACUAUCCAUCAUCCAAAGCCUAUGUUUUUCAAGAGAGAUACAAUGCAGGAUUGAGCGUUUUACUCGGAAGCGCAGAAAGAAGAAAGAAAUAACUCGGCUUGAAUCGGAAGAACAUCCGAUGCUUAAAAUGCAGACAAUAGAAGAUCCAAAGUACAUCACAUUUUCCAGCUUAAGGGAGCUGCAGUGGAAGUUAUUUAAAGGUCUGGUGAAAAGGAAACCCGGAACUACUGGAGUUUGGAGAGUACCUUUAUACAGUUUGGGGAUUGCAGACACAAUUACUCCUCCCAAAGAAGAAUACGUCCUUCCUUUGAUACCUAAGGACUGGAUAAUCGAUGACUCCCUCAAGUUUUCAGAGGAAAUGACACACCUGCUUCUCCAGUAUAAUCCUCAGUCAUGAAUGGAAAGGUAGUUACCUGCAGUUCUGGAAAAAAUCCAACUAAAAUGCAUUGAACAGUUCAUAGUGUUAGUAUAAUUAGUAUAAUUCUAAUAGUACAAAGUGUCAUCAGUCCAGAGCAUAUGAGUAUCAUUCAUGGUGGUCUAAAAGUACAGUGUGAAAAUGUGUCUCCAACAAACAUCUAAAAAUAAAAAAAAAUCUCAGAUAA